UCUGAUUCUUAUCUGUAAAUUCAUAUUUUUUACGAAUUUCAACAAAGAAAAACGCAAGAGUAUGCGAAUCGAUUUGUUCUUUUCUCGGUGAAAGCCUUGUAUCACGAUAUAUGCGCAUUUUGAUUCAAGCGGUGUCCUAACUAUAAUAACGCGAUGUGUUAUCUUAACCAUCAGUGUGUUCCGAUUCGCCGAGUAGGAAAGGUAGCUUUCACGACAAGCAGAUAAUAUCGCAAGUUGUAUUUGUUUUGAGUAUAAAAGUAAACAAGUAGAAGUUAGAAGUGGAAAUAAGAAAUACGGAGAAUAUAUCUAUUUAGAUGGAACCUCUGAUACUAUUAUUAUUAAACUACAUUUUGAUGUGCGCCGCCUAUCCACGGCCCUUUACUGCUGAUAACGAUCAAUUUGUUCGGAUAACAGAACGACAUUGCAAGAAUGUUUCACCUGACGAUCGUUUACCAGUUAAUAAAUCACGGCCAACUAAAUAUAACAUAUCUUUUGAAAUAAAUAAGCAAGAUGCUAUAGUCCACGGUACAGCUAAAAUUAUGGUCACUAUUGAAAAUCCAACUACAACAAUAAACUUGCAUGUUUAUAAAAUGCGUAUUGAGAGUGCUUCUAUAAUUCUGGAGAGAGUAAAUACUUCCUCAUUCGACACGUACAGUUUGUUUGGCUACCGUUAUUGCAAACGAUCGCAGAUUUUGGAUUUGAAGUUUAAUAAAAUUAUACCUAUCGGAGUUUAUAGGUUAAUAAUCGAUUUCAUCCUUCCUAUUUCUACUCGGAAAGGUAUAGUUAAAUACGAGUACAAGAAUAGUGGAACAAACUUUAGCAAAAAAUGGUUAAUCAUCGUACAAUUUAACGAGGCACGGAGAGUGUUUCCAUGUUGGGACGAACCCGGAAUAAAGGCAACAUUCGACAUAUCUGUCAAGUAUCCCAAGGAUUUUUCACCUUUUUCAAAUAUGCAAAUUAUCACAAAUAAUUGUUCUACAAUUACAUGUUGGACAUAUUUUAAAAAGACGCCUUUGAUAUCCCCCUCCAACGUUAUGAUUGCUCUGCUUGAAAACAACAUCAGAUUUAAAUUUCAUUUAAUAGCUAAGACUGACAUUGUUUGGUACAUGUCGGAAACGGAGAUGAUGCAAAAUGCAUUGAGAACAGUCGCACUUGUCUAUUUGUACUCGAAGCUCCUUACGGAUUUAUCCUAUAACCUAUUGCUGAAGAGGGAUCACAUAUCAUUUCCAAGUAACACAACAAUCUCAGUGGGAUGUUUUGGCCUUAUAAUGUACAGCGAAAAAGAUGUUCUAUAUAAUGAAAAUUACGAUUUCCCUGGCCGCAAGAAUGAUAUAAGCCAGCUGAUUUCGCAUCGAAUGACACGUGAGCACUUUGUAGGAAUGGUUACUGGGACUUGGUGGACUGAUCUAUGGUUAGGCGAAUCACUUUCGAAGCUCUACAGUCAUUAUAUCAUGAGCAAGAUUUUCAUUAGUAUUGAAUUGGAAUUAAUACAGCUUUAUGAUAUCCAAAUCUUCCAACAAACUCUUCACUAUGAAACUAACUUUAGAAUGGAAGCCCUUUCUGAAUACAAUAUACAGGCUACGGAUGAAAUUGAUGUUGUUCUCUGUUCUCGUUGGUAUUAUAAUAAAGGAUUCGCUCUUUUACGCAUGAUAGAGCAUAUGAUCACGCGGGAUAGAUUUCAACUAGCUGUCAAAGAAUAUUUAAAUACAUUUCAGUUUCGUUCAGCCACUCCUGAUGAUUUCUGGACCAUCUUACAAAAUGUGCUUGAGAAGAAACAAAAUCAAAAAUUUAGAAUAAAGGAAAUUAUGGACACGUGGUUAACUAAAAAAUACUAUCCUAUUGUGCAAGUUCUUCGUGAUCGUAAAAAGAAUAUAAUGACAUAUAAUAUUACUGGAAUUCUAGAUAUGGAAAACUCCACUUGGAAAGUUCCAGUAACAUUUACAUUUCGUUCAUUCUCUAUUGGUCAUUUUGUCGCAGACAAUAUUUUGAUAAUUAAUUCUUCAAUUGGAAUUAUUGAACUGGAUAGGAAUGCUGAUGUUGUUAUAUUUAAUUCUCAAAGUGCAGGAUACUAUCGCGUUAAUUAUGAUGAAAAUACUUGGAUACGAAUUGCAAAUUUCUUGAACUAUGAUGCAUAUGAUAAGGUGCAUGUCCUCAAUCGUGCGCAAUUGAUUAAUGACGUGUAUUAUCAAGUGACACAAAGCAACAUGUCACCGUUCACGUUUUGGGAAAUCGCAAGAUAUCUGCGUCGCUCGACAAGUUAUAUAGCCUGGUAUCCGAUGUUUAAUAUUCUAUCGUACAUGUCGCACAUUUGGAAUAGCCCGAAAGCGAGAUAUAUGAAAAUACAGAUACGUGAAAUAUUGGAAGAGUUACUUCAAAAUUUAGGAUACGAAGAAAACAGUUAUGAGGACAAUAUGUAUAAAACACUGAGAUUAUUAGCAACAAGAUGGGCUUGUAAGUUAGGGGAUAUGAAAUGUCAAUUAACUGCCAGGACGAAAUUGCUUGGUCAUCUGUUAAAUCCUGAAGAUAACAAGUAAAUCUUUACACAAUACUAAACUUCAUAAAUAUGUUUCUUUGUUAUCUGCGUUAAGUAUUUGAUCGGUCAUAUAAUCGAAACCUUUGCUAAUAGUUGAUAUUUCUCGUACGCCGUAGAAUUAUACCAUGGUGGAAGAAUUGGAUAUAUUGUGCCGGCAUGA